CACUUCAAUCUGUCAGCUGAGCGAUGGCCGCCUCUUCGCCUGACAGUGACUUGGGUUCCAUUGACUGUUUCCAAAAUUACACUGCUCCGGAGGUAUUUGUGCAGGGCCUAGCGGGGCAGAUCAACCAGCAGGAUGUAGAGGCCAUCAUAAGGGCGCAGAAGCAAAUGUUGCAGCGAUUUGAGAAGACAAAUGAGAUGCUCAGUAACUGCAACUCCCUGUCAGCCACUCGCUUUGCUCUCGCCCAGAAGGAAUUCAAGAAGCACACUGCACUCCUUGUUGAUAUGAAGAAAGAUUUAGACAACAUUUUUAAGAGAAUCAGGACUAUAAAGACUAAACUUUCCAAUCAAUACCCAGCAGCCUUUGCAGUUGCACAAGAGGAAGCCUACAAAGAGGAGGAAGAAGAGGAAGAAGAGAAGCCAUCCACUAACCAGAACUCAACCCUAUCACGGGAAGAUAGUGUCAAGCGUACGUCAGUGUCCGGUGAGAGUGGACACUCCAGCAACAAGUCUGAGCGAAUGGAAGAAAUGGAACAGUCAAGUGAUGGAAGCCGACCAGAUGCAGAGAGACGAAUGAAAAAAACUGCGAGUAGUUCAUCAGACAGCAGCAGCAGCGGUGCUAAACUGUCCAGCUCAUCCUCCUUUGACAACUGAGACUAAAUGUGAUGGGGAGGGAAGGAAGAGUAUGAUAGUAAUUAUUUGCUCACAUCAUAUCAUGUCAUCAUAAUUUAAUUAUGGAAAGUAAAUCAUGGUCUAGUUUCACUUGCUUUUUAGUUGUUUGUAUUUGUUUUAUGGUGUACAACAACAUCAGCAAACACAUCCAAAUUUAGGACUAUUUUGGAAGUGAAAUAUAUAUCAUAGAUUCAGAGAGGAUGAAAGGAUUUUAAUGAGUUACUUGGCUACUCAUACAGUAUCAAGAUUAGUGUCAAUGCUGUUAAUGUGCAUGCCUUUCCACAUGGCACAUUAUGAAGUAAGAAUGUGCUGACACAUUAAAGUAUUCCCUCCUGAUGAAUACAUUCAGCUGUUCAUUAUGAAAGAAUAUUCAGAUGUAGCAAAGUUGCAUUUACCUGUCACUAGCCUUAUUUACAGUCAACCAUGAGACUUGAAAAUACCUAUGAUAACUUUUUUUUUCCAGAUAUAAUUUUUCCAGAUGUGUUGUCAGUUGUCUUGAUGGUAGUGUCUCUGAGGGGGAAAGGUAUGGAUGGUGCAGAUGUGACAUGCUUGUUCUGCUGUUGUUUUUUUCAUUUUCUCUUCUUUUUCUAUUUGAAGAGUCUGAUGUAGUGAGAUACUCACCAUCACACAGUGUGGUCAGUAUGGAACCAAUUCCUUCUUUCUCUUGGAUUUCGAGAAGUUGAGAAAGAAUGCUUGUGAAUGUAAGGGUAUGGAUGGAGAUGCAGUGUCUUAUAGAGCUCCUUUAUUGUGGAUGUUGCUCUAAUUUUUGUACAUAGAUCUAUUCAGUCACUUUCUGAUGAAUGUGAAUGAAUACAGGUGAAUGUAUGUAUGUAAAAUACAUGUCUAUACAUAUAUAUUUUGCGUUGGCAAGGCAAUAACAUGACAUAAAUAUCAAUAAAUUUUCUACAGAAAUGUUUAUCCUCUGAAUGUGAAUAGGAAAGUAAAUGCCAUGAAAAAAGUUGGAUAUUAAUAUUGCUUGCUUCAAGAAAAUAGCUAUAGUGAUCUCAUCAAUUUACUAAAAAUGUUACAGUAUUUAUUAUAUGUAUUUUCUUCUGUGGAUUUCAUUCUGCAUACCAUUAGCCAUUACUCAAAUAUGAUAUUGCAGUCAGUUUAUAUUGUUCCAAGAAGAAAUGUUUGUGAUUGUUGUCAAUACCUCAGGCAGCUUGGGAGGAUGCCAGUUGUCUUGGCUCCCACACAACACAGCCAAUCAUAAUGGUUUUGUAAAUAUUACAUGAUUACACCCAGUAGAUCUUGUGAGUUAGUAGUUGAUUCCUGUGCAAGCAGAAGGGUGCCUGUCACUCAAUUUUUGUACCUGAUAGAGUAAUAAAAACCUUAUGCAGUAAAA